UGGCAACGGGAACUCUGUUUACUGUAAAUAGUGGCAAGUGUCCGGUUUGUUUCGGUCAGGGCUUAAUUUUUAUUUAAGAAUGUAGAACCUAAUGUUUUGUUUAAUAAUUGUUUAAUUAAUUUCCAAAUUUCGGAGCAGAUGGCGGAAUAUGGAGUGCAUCAUGCGACAACUGGUGUCAAUAAGCCUUCGGUUUUUGAAGUUAUAGGACAGGAUAACUUAGUUUCAGGUCUUAGAGCUGCAUUUCGACAUAUUUUUAAGGUGUUAGCUGAUAACUAUCCUGAAAAGUGUGGACUGUUGUACCGUUAUUUUGACGAAGGUUAUACUGUUGUAGAUUCGGUAUUUCAAUAUAUUCAUCUACGCUUGAGAGGUGGAUUAUUUACAGAAACAUUCUAUGGAUUAAAAAGAGUACCUGAUCCCAGAAUUCUUGAUGUAUCAAAGCAGAAAGUUAUUGUAUGGGUAAUUUUAGCUGUAGUUUGCCCUUACCUGCAGUCUCAGCUAGAUGCUUUGUAUAAAAAUUUCAGUGAUAAGUGGUUUGAAGGCUCCUUAACCAGAAAGGAUUUGAAGACAAGACUUGCAGUUCUGUAUCUAAAAGUAUAUCCAUUUUAUAACUUCUUAUCGGAAAUGACAAUUCUUGGUUACUAUAUGGCAUAUGCUCUUGGGAAAACUGAUUUUCAUUCACCAUCAUUGCAUUUAACUUCCACAAAAUUAGUCCCUUUGAUAUUUAAUGAUUUCUCUAGUGAUGCUUGGAAGAGGUACAUUCCAAAAGAUCAGUUGAAAUCAUAUCCUGUGAUUGUUUGGAAAUGGAUAAAUGUAUUGGUAGGAGGUGUUACUUUAUCAGUAUCUAUUGGUGCAUUUUUAACUCAGUUUUUAGAGUGGUGGUAUAAUCGCGAAGGUCAGCCAUCUACUUUUGCUGCAUUACCAGUUCCUCCACCUCCACCAAAGUGGCCUUGUGAAACACCAAUUGAUAUCUGUCCUAUCUGUAAAGAACCAAGAACAAAUGAUACUGCUUUAAGCAGCAGCGGGUUUGUCUUUUGUUAUCCAUGUAUACACCAAUAUGUUGAGAUGACUAACAAGUGCCCUGUUACUGGAUAUAGAUCUUCUUUGAAACAACUUAUAAAAUUGUACCACCAGGAGUAAUUUUUUCGAAGAUGGCUGUGAAAACUCAAUUUACAUAUGUUCAUUUAUGAGUUAUAUCUGUUCACAGCUCUGAAAUUUACUACUAUUUUUAAUUGUUAUUAUUUUCAGAUUCUAAUAUUCCUUUAAUUUACUUCUGGUUGGAUUAUUUAUUUAGUUAACAUUAAUGUGCAGAUACUUAAGUAAUGAGAACUUAAAAACAGCUUAGAUUAAAAAAAUUUUUUAAUGUAUGCUGUUUUUGAAGGGUCUGGGAUUCUAAGUCCAAAAAUUGUUUUUUCACAUAUCAUUAAUCUAUAAUUUGUUCCAGUGCUUUUAAGUUGUAGUAUGUCACUGGCUGAAAACAAUAGUAUAAAAAUAUAGCAUAAAACCAGUUUUAUAACUAUUUCAAAAUGUCCAUGUUUACAAAAAUUAUAAAACAUUAUUAUUUACAUUUUAUGUUGGUAUCCUUAUAUCUUUUCCAUCUCUUUAAUGUCUUAAUGAAAACAAUGUUAGUCUUUCUAAUUUUCUUCACCCAGAAAAAUGUCCAAAUAGGCAUUCAAUAAAUUAAUUUUAAUAAUUAUUGAACAUCUUUACAUUUUGAACUUUCCCUGAAUGUUUUCAAGAAUAAAUGAAUAUAUUAUUACGGAGGAACUUUUGUAAAUAAAUUUUUAAGGGAACUUUUAGUUCCCCCUACUUUGUUUAUCAUAGACAAUGAGUUAUCCAGUUCUAAAAAAUACCUAUUCAUUUUAAAUCAACUAGCAUUUAGUUACUUUAAAAAGAAGUAAUUAGGGAACUAUUUUGCAGAGAUACUUAAAACUUUUUUUUUUUUUUUUCUUUUUAGAGGUAAUUCUUGAUAAAUUUAUUUCUUCAGACCAAGUUUUACAUAAGAAAGAGGGAUAUGUAUUUUGUUUGAAUUCUUAAGAAAUCUGUCGAAUGUAUUUUUUAAUAGGUGCCCAGUUCUUUAAGGUGUUUAUAAAUCAUUCAGUCAUAGGUGUUCUACCGAAGACUGAAUCGAAUAAUUUGGUAAUGUUGAAACACACUAUGAGGUGGGAACCUUCAUAUAAGAUUUCCAAGGGCAACUGUUUACAUGUUUACAUUACUCAUAAGGAAAACCACUUGCAGCCAGCCUUUUGAAAUUUAUGUAUUAAAACCGUACAAAGCUGCCAAUAUUUUAUAGAUUUAGCACUCGGCCAUUAUUUAAUUCUCAACUACAUGAGAAACACUUUCAGAUCCUCAGAUUUUUCUUUGUGGUGUACUGAAAGGUCAAUGUGUAUAGAGACAUAUAUUUUCUUAUUGGGCAAAAGGCUGUUCAUCUGCUUUGUAUGUAAAGCCAAAUUUCAAUUAAAAAUGUGUUGCUACUUAAAUCAUUAUCCUUUGAGAAGAAGGGUAUAAGUUCCUUUUCUGUGCUUCAGGGAAAAUAUAUUGACACUUUUGCUGCCUCCCCGACCCUCCAGUAUACAGAGCCUAAGGGAGAGUUCAGCCAAGCAUUAAAUAAUCUCAAGUUUUCCACUACAGACAGUCUAUUUUCUAUACUGUUAACAGCAAGGGUCUUUUCACUGUACAGCCAUUUAUUUAUAAUUUAUACAUUUAUUUAUAGGUGUUUGUUUAAAAUUAUGGGUUUGUUUAUAGAAUAUAUGUAUAAUAACAGUGUCAUUUUCUAUUUGUUGUUUUUUUACAUGUAUCGCAGAUUUUAAUGCUAUUCCAUGUUAAUUUUUUGCUGAAUUGUAUUCUUUAUUUACAUUAAAAAUAUUUAGUAUCCACGA